AUGGCCCCCAAAUGCCGGUCUACGCUCCUUCCUCAAACGAAGAAGCCAAGAGCAGCUCCUGGCCCGAGGCCGGCGGACACAUUGGCCUCUCGGGGUUUGUUGACGGGAGAAAAAGAACAACAAGAAGCAAUUGAACAUAUUGAUGAAGUACAAAAUGAAAUAGACAGACUUAAUGAACAAGCCAGUGAGGAGAUUUUGAAAGUAGAACAGAAAUAUAACAAACUCCGCCAACCAUUUUUUCAGAAGAGGUCAGAAUUGAUCGCCAAAAUCCCAAAUUUUUGGGUAACAACAUUUGUCAACCAUCCGCAAGUGUCUGCACUGCUUGGGGAGGAGGAUAUAGAGGCGCUGCAUUAUCUGACCAGAGUAGAAGUGACAGAAUUUGAAGAUAUUAAAUCAGGUUACAGAAUAGAUUUUUAUUUUGAUGAGAAUCCUUACUUUGAAAAUAAAGUUCUCUCCAAAGAAUUUCAUCUGAAUGAGAGUGGCGAUCCAUCUUCAAAGUCCACUGAAAUCAAAUGGAAAUCUGGAAAGGAUUUGAUGAAAUGUUCAAGUCAAACGCAGAACAAAGCCAGCCGGAAGAGGCAGCACGAGGAGCCAGAGAGCUUCUUCACCUGGUUUACUGACCAUUCUGACACAGGUGCGGACGAGUUAGGAGAGGUGAUCAAGGAUGAUAUCUGGCUGAAUCCAUUGCAGUACUACUUGGUUCCUGAUAUGGAUGAUGAAGAAGGGGAAGGAGAAGAAGAUGAUGAUGAUGAUGAAGAAGAAGAAGGCUUGGAAGACAUUGAUGAGGAAGGCGACGAGGAUGAAGGGGAGAAAGACGAAGAUGAUGAUGAAGGGGAAGAAGGGGAGGAGGAUGAAGGAGAAGAUGACUAAUAGAAAACACUGAUGGAUUCCAA